CUUUAUUACAAGAUGGAUGAGAUGAACAGUUUUCCAAGAAAACCCUCUGCAUGUUGGAGCUCCUUCCUCUUUCCUGAGUUUUUCUGGGAAUCUUCGGCAUGUCAGAGCAGCUCUGUAUACCCGAAAAACACACUAGCCUACUUCAAACGGCAAAAUCGCUAAACUAAAUAUUUAAAUCGUUUAAAAUGUAUGAUAAUACCAGUUCUCGCACUUUAGAUGACUUUUGCGUCGAUAAAACGACUAAUCUAAUCUACAGCUCCAAUCGUCGCAUCGCCUCAGAGACCGGGAGCUCCCGCGCAUUCUCCGCGCGUGCGCAGUGGCCGCCUGCGAUCGCGCGCUGGGUCACGAGCACCAGAGACGCACGAGCGCGCGCAGCAGCAGCGGAGCUCAGCGAUCAUUCAGCAGGAUUAACACUGAAUCAUGAGCGUGGGAAAACUGGUGGUGUGUGUGCUGGCGCUGGCUGUGUGUGAGGCGUACGUGUUCCAGGCCGGUCAGUCGUCGGGAGAAGUGGACGACGCUCCUCCACCAAUCAGAGAUUUCUCAGGGUCGUGUCAGGGUCGUUGUUUCGAGCUGAAGGAGGCGGAGCCGCCGAGCUGCAGGUGUGAUAACCUGUGUAAGACGUACCUGAGCUGCUGUGCAGACUUCGACCAACAGUGUCUGAAGACAGCGGGAGGCUUCGAGUGUUCGCAGCAGCGUUGUGGAGAGACCCGGAACGACAAUAACGCCUGUCACUGUUCAGACGACUGUCUACAGAGAGGAGACUGCUGUACCAACUACAGAUCACUGUGCAGCGCAGGCGAGAGCUCGUGGCUGGAGGGCGACUGUGAGGAGAUUCCGAGCCCAGAAUGCCCUGCAGGGUUUGUUCGUCCUCCUCUGAUCAUCCUGUCUCUGGACGGCUUCCGCUCGUCUUACAUGAAGAAAGGAAAGAGCGUUUUACCCAACAUCCACAAACUGACCUCGUGUGGAACUCACGCCCCGCAGAUGAGACCCGUGUACCCGUCCAAAACCUUCCCGAACCUCUACACACUGGCCACGGGUUUGUAUCCCGAGUCUCAUGGGAUCGUGUGCAACUCCAUGUAUGAUCCCGUGUUCAAAGCCCACUUCCGUCUGAGAGGCCGAGAGAAGCUCAAUCACCGCUGGUGGGGGGGGCAGCCCAUCUGGAUCACGGCAGAGAAACAGGGCGUGAAAGCGGGAACCUUCUUCUGGCCCUGGGUGAUUCCUCUGGAGAGGAGGAUUCUCACUAUUCUGCAGUGGCUGCAUCUGCCUGAUGACGAGAGGCCGUACGUCUACGCGGUCCACUCGGAACAGCCGGAUACUUACGGACACAUGCUGGGCCCGCUGAGCAACGAGCUGGAUAACACGCUCAGGAAGAUCGAUAACAUCAUCGGUCAGCUGAUGAACGGGCUGAAACAGAUGAACCUCCAUCGCUGUGUGAACGUCAUGCUGGUGGGCGAUCACGGGAUGGAGGAAUCUCACUGUGAGCGAACGGAGUAUUUGGGCUCUUACGGACUCGAUGUUGAUGCCAUCACGUUAAUACCCGGAUCCUCCGGUCGAAUCGGCCCCAAAACGGCCAACACACCAUACAAUCCGAAGGAGAUCGUUGCUAACUUAACAUGUAAGAUGCCCAAUCAGCACUUUAAGCCGUACCUGAAGCAGCACCUGCCCAAACGGCUGCACUACGCCAACAACCGACGCAUCGAGGACGUGCACCUGCUCAUGGACCGCAAGUGGCACGUGGCCAUAACACCUGCAACCUGCGGAUACUUCGGAGAUCAUGGGUUUGACAACAAGAUCAGCAGCAUGCAGACGAUCUUUAUGGGAUUCGGGCCGAGCUUCAAUUUCAAGACUCAAGUGCCCGUGUUUGAGAACAUCGAGCUGUAUAACGUCAUGUGUGAUCUCCUGGGUUUGACUCCGGCUCCUAAUAACGGGACACACGGCAGUCUGAAUGACAUGCUGAGAAACCCUACAUAUACUCCCACUCAGCCGGAGGAAGUGACAUCACCAACGCCUUUAGCCCCGCCCUCUGAAGUGACCCAUGACCUGAGCUGUAACUGUGAUGAUGAGAACAACAUUGAGGAGAGUUCUGCUGCGGACGACGGCCCGCACCACAACGUCACACACCUGCCGUUGGGUCGUCCCGCUGUCCUGUUCCAGACGGCGUACACACUGCUGUGUCAGUCGGAUUACUGCAGCGGCUUCAGUCCCGCCGUCAGCAUGCCGCUGUGGAGCGCCUUCACACUGACCGCACAGGUGGAGGUGGUGUCGUCCAGCGAGUGUGUGAGAGCAGAUCCUCGUCUCGAUCUCACACACACAUGCAACACGUACAGCCAGGAGUCCGGCGUCACACACGCGUUCCUCUACCCGCCGGAUUUCUCCGUCACGGCUGAAUCCAGAUACGACGCUUCUCUCGUCACCAACACCGUUCCCAUGUAUCCCGCCUUCAAGAAGGUGUGGCGUCACCUGCAGACAGUGGUGCUCCGGCGGUACAGUCAGGAGAAUAGUGCUGUGAAUGUGAUCAUGGGACCCGUAUUCGAUCACGACCACGACGGACUGAGAGACACCGAGGAGACCAUUAAACAGCAUGCGGUGGGCUCCGUCUCCAUCCCCACACACUUCUACUGCAUCAUCAUGGGCUGUGAGGAGCGUAACGCCACGCUGGACGAGUGCGACGGACGACUGACGCUCACGACCUUCAUCCUGCCUCACCGCGACGACAACAGCGAGAGCUGCGACCGCGGCGAGGGCGAGUCCCGCUGGGUGGAGGACCUGCUGCGGUUACACAGCGCUCGCGUGCGGGACGUGGAGCUGCUCACGGGCCUGGACUUCCUCCGCGCCGCCGGCCUGCCGUACACACGCGUGCUGGCGCUCAAAACACACAUGAGGACCUUCGAGGACGACGGCUGACGGACGCCUCGCCGCACCUGACGCUUUCACUGUAUAGUUUUAUACACUGUGUCAUAUUUAUUAUUCACCUCAUGAACCCGCCGCCUCACACGGACAGUCCACCGCUGCUCGCGUCUCUAACACGGCCGUCACGCCACGCCGCUCCCGCGCUUUUACACCGUACAGCCAUUCACCAUAAAUGCAGUCACUAUAGAUCUGCUGAACUGAUAAACCAUACGUUUCUUAAUAACGCAUUUGCAUAAUUGCAUUUGUUAACAUGCGUUAAUAACAGGAACUAACAAUAGAAAAAUGCUGCGUUUAUUAAUCAUGCACUGCCAUAACUGUCUCGUUUUCCAGCACAAAUAUCCAAACAUUGUAGAAGCAACAACAUUUACAAGAGUUUGUGUUAAAACAAGAGCUAAUAUCUGCCAAUCGAGUCUGAAAUAUAAUCAAAGUUGAUUUUUCUGACUCCGUCGGCAGAUUUUUGCUCGAAGGAUUGUUAUAUAUAUAUGUAUAUUUGUGCUGCAAAACAAGACAGAAAUACGUCCUGUAAUCUUUAUUUUGCCGUUUUGUCUGUUGAUCAAAUUCUAAUCGCACAGAUUUAUUCGGGGUUAAUAGUGUUGCCAUAGAAACGCUUAUUUCCGAGUUUGAGGUUGUCAUUUAGUAACUACGGUAAUUACGACGUGGCGUGAUCGCAGCAUAAACACAGUGUGUGUGUGUGUGUAGUAUAGUCCUGCUGGUUUAUGUGUGUCCGCUGGAUUGGUGUUUAGCACGUGUAAACAUGAGUAAACACGCGUGUGAACGGUGUAUUUGUGCGUGUGUAGUGAUACAUUAGCGACAGUGAAUCACUGCUUCCCAUUGGUGGCAGAAGGUCAUGUGACUCAUGAUGCUCUGUCUGACUAAUGAGUGUCGUUAACGAUUUCGUUCCGUCAAUAAAAUUCUUGAACUGUCAGUGAAA